UUCUCGUAUUUCGUAUUUCGUAUUUCUCGACGAGCAGGCGACGCGUCAGCAACCUACGACCGGACGGAAACCUGUAGUAGUAUUAGAAGGCUUUCUGUGCGAAACGCGCCACAUAUCCCCGUUGAUCUCGUUUGCCUUAAAAAAACUAACUAGAAAAUAAACAAAUCCAAAUCAAAUAAAGUAGUGGAAAAGUUCAAGUAAGGUCUAAGCAUACGCAAGUGCAAUUUUUAAAUCAAUUUUUUAUUACGUUCUGUGUAAAAUUAAUGAAAGAAAAGACUGAACACGAAUAUAAUUUACUUUCUGCUACAAAAAAAAAAAAUCAAAAUUAUACUCCCGAAAAAAGAAUUCAGUUGAAAAGAAAGUGGAAGAGAAGAAUUCUUAAAGCUAUUCUAAAAGACCCUAAAUGGCGUUAUGUAUUUGUACAUAAGCAACCUAGGUCAAUAUUGUUUUUAGUGGCGUGUGAAUGUGCGCAGCCAACAAAUAAAGAAAAAGGCAAAAACAAAAUGUUGAUUGCAAGUUGCUCGCCAGAUAAUAAUAAUAAUAAAUAGAAAAAAAAACAACAACAACAACAAAAAUCGCUCACGAACACAAACACAAUCACACACUCGUGACUUUAUACGGGGGUUCAACAAUAUACGGAAAUCGAAAAGCAACAACAAUAACAACAAACAGCACAGAAGAAACACGAUUCUAAACUUGAAAAUAAUAAUUUUAUAACAUCGAAGGUUAGCCGAAAAAGUAAAGAGCCGAACAGUGCCGAAGCAAACACGAGCCGAGACACACACACACACACACACUCACCCACACACCCACACACUCAAGAGAGAGAGCAACGCGCCCUAGCUCUAGCCAAAUCAAGUAUACGCCUAGUGUGGCAGUGCGAUCGCAGUGCUCCGAGUCGAUAGUAGUAACAAUAACAAAACGAAAAAUGGCUCGGUUCUAACGGUUUCGUUUGGUCAUCGUCAAGUGAGAAGAAAAAGAAGAGAGUGAGAGCAGAAUCAGCAGAAUUGCGAUUACGGGUACGGGUAUACGGCUACGACUACGGGUACACGGUUCUGGCUGCCGAACGCGAAACACUGACAAAAGUUUUGGUGAAAAAACACUUGCCGUUGGUCGAUUCGCGUGUUUGGACGCGCCACUCCCACAGAACUAGCUAAAAAAAAAUAAUACAAAAUAUUAAAUAGAUUCUUAAACAAAACAGCCAAAAAAAAGUGUUAAAACUACAAUAUUGGAUUAUCUUUUUGGAAAAAAGGAAACAUUUUUGUGAAACAAAAUAUCGCCAUAAUUUCUACUAAAUUUUAUGAUUCAACCGCAUCCAAAAUGGUUUACUAUCCCGCUAACCAGCUUCUGAUAAAAACAGAGCAACCGAGUCAGGCCCAGUUUUGCCUGCAGGUGCCACCCACUCUGACCGCCACAACGACGGCUUCCGGUCCUGGCCUGAGAGUACCAGCCUCCGGGGGACAAGAGCACUAUGAACUGCUGCAGACGCCGCAGCAGCGACAGUUGCAGCUCCAGCAGCAACUCCAGGAACAACAACAGUUCGACAACUACCAGCGAGCCAUCCAGCACCAGCAGCAGCAGCAGCAACAGCUUCAGAUAGUCUCCACGUCGACGCCACCAGUUAACCGGAUUAAGACGGAGGUGACCGGAAACUUUGCUUCAGCCGUUGUACAUCCCCAGGCGCAGACGCAGCCGCAGCCGCGCAAGACCAACGCCAACAAGCCGCAGUUCAAGUGCGAACAGUGUGGCAUGACCUUCGGCAGCAAGUCGGCACACACCUCGCACACCAAGUCGCAUGCCAAGAACGCCGAGCUCGCCCUGGGUGUCGGGGUGGGUGCUGGCGAGGCCGGUAGUGGUGCCGUCGCGAUAUCUCCAGCCAUCGAGCUGAACGAGGCGGGUCUGCCGGUGGGCAUUCCCAAGAGCCCGACCAUCAAGCCGCUGGCGAAUGUGGCUGCCGGAGCCGAUCCCUAUCAGUGCAAUGUGUGCCAGAAGACCUUCGCCGUUCCUGCCAGGCUGAUCCGUCACUACCGCACCCAUACCGGCGAGCGACCCUUCGAGUGCGAAUUCUGUCACAAGCUCUUCAGCGUCAAGGAGAACCUUCAGGUCCACCGACGCAUUCACACCAAGGAGCGUCCCUACAAGUGCGAUGUCUGUGGUCGUGCCUUCGAGCACUCUGGAAAACUCCAUCGCCAUAUGCGCAUCCACACCGGCGAACGACCACACAAGUGCUCCGUCUGCGAGAAGACGUUCAUCCAGUCGGGCCAACUGGUCAUCCACAUGCGCACGCACACCGGCGAGAAGCCCUACAAGUGCCCGGAGCCGGGCUGCGGCAAGGGAUUCACCUGCUCCAAACAGCUGAAGGUCCACUCGCGCACCCACACGGGCGAGAAGCCCUACCACUGCGACAUCUGCCUCCGUGACUUUGGCUACAACCAUGUGCUGAAGCUGCACCGUGUCCAGCAUUACGGCUCCAAGUGCUACAAGUGCACCAUCUGCGACGAGACUUUCAAGAACAAGAAGGAAAUGGAGGCCCACAUCAAGGGUCAUGCCAAUGAGAUUCCCGACGACGAGGCGGAGGCAGCAGCGGCAGCAACGGGCUCAUCCUCCUCGGUCGUGUCGCCAUCCUCGCACGGCGUCAGUAGCGGAGUGUCGGAGAGCAGCAGCAACUCGCCGCCCAGCUCCCCGGCGGCCGUCAAGAAGCCUCGUCAGCCACGCCAGCCCCGUGGAGCCAAAGCGGCGGCGGCAGCGUCUUCCUCGGCUUCACCAUUCUCGCCCAGUUCCCCCAGCUCCACGUACUCGCCCUCGACCAGCAGCCUGGCCUCGCCACCGCCCACGACGGCCCACUACCUGCCCGCCCAGGUGGAGCAGGAUGCCCUAAGCCGGGACAGCGGAGUGUCCAGCGCCCAGUUGGCUCACAGCAGUUAUGCGGACGAGGAGCUGCCCACGGACCUAAGCAUACAGCAGGUGACGGGACAGGUUCCCACCCCAGCAGUCACCUACUACCAGGUCCCGCCCAGUCUCGUGGAGCUGCAGCCCCAGGCAGCCGGACUCACCAUCAAUCCGGCCCUGCUCGAGGCGGCCAGCAUGGCACGACGUCAUCACGACAACGACGAUCAGGACCGGGAGCGCGACCAGGAUGAGGACGUGCAUGCCGCCGCCUGGCAAAUGAUUCAACUGCGUCGCGGUCAUGCGGCCACGCCCCCUCUGGAGCAGCAAAUGCAAUACCAGCCGCCUCCGCAGCAGCAGCAACAACAGCUGCACGUCAGCGAUCUGGCGGCCAACUAUGAUGACACCCACGAAGCAACAGUUCUCAUCGAGCACUUCAAGCGUGGCGACCUGGCCCGCCACGGUCUCCACAAGGGCUAUGCGCCUGUGCCCAAGUACGAAUCCGCCUUGCCCAAUCCGGAUAUCGUGCGCCGAGUGGAGGCUGCCAUCGGACUGAGGUCCAGCACAGAGUCCCCUGAGCGGAGCUCCUCUCCGGAAAGCGACUCCCUGCUGAUGGCCGACCGGAAUGUGAUGACCCUCCCGCUGCGCAAACGCAAACACUACAUGAACAAGGGCGACAGCGGCCAGGUGGAGUUGGAGAAGCCCCAGGGACCGAGCGGAGAAGUCUCUUCCGCCGGCGUUGAUGCAUCGAUGGAUACCUUGGAUAGUUCCGGGUCGAAGGUGAUGCGGAUGAGCUCUGUCAUCCAGUUCGCCAAGGCCUCGUAGGAGGGUCUGGGCCCAGACUGGACCCCAUCCACUGGUGGACCUCCUCCAAUCAGCAUAAAGACUGUCCAAAACAAAUUCUAACUGAAAUUAGUCUAAGCCCCUUCUUUGAGACGAUAAGGAUAUGUAGGUGGGAGCGAAAGGAUUUUUUUUCGAAGAGAGAGAAAGAGA